AAGGCAUUGUAAACAAGCCAACCUCGUUUCUAUAAUUUUUGAUUUGGAUGACAAUAUUGUAAUUCACCUCUGAUUUUAUAAUUCCAUAUGAAUCAAUUUCAUCAAUAAAUUGCCGACAAAACAUGCACAAUUUGAUUGAUACUGGGUGUUCUUUCUUCGUAUGUGUGGUCCUGUGAAGUAUUUAUUUGUUAUUUAUAAGAUAGGAAAGUAAAAACAACCCCCAUUACAUUUUACCGGUCUCAAUUUAAAGACUAGUACGUACCGGUUCACUUCCGCAUUACCCGCGCUAUGUGUACAAUGCACAGCAUUUAAUAUGUACCACUACCAGUGCAGUACAUACACAUGCCGUAUGCGGUACCUUGCACGACACAAUUCUCAUUGAUCUGCAACGUUCUUUGAUGUUUUUGGAUAAGUUUUUGUGAGAACAAGCCGAGCUUGCUUGCCACAGUAAACCUCAGCUCAUUCACUGUUCUAUGCAAGAAACACAAAUCUACACUGGUCUACGGUACGUCUACAUGGUCUACACUACCAGACUGCACCACAGUUCAGACUGUGCAUGAUGAUGUUUGUUGGAAUUGUUGCAACAUGAUGACAAGUUGACAUUGCUGAGCCUUGACUCUUGAGGACACAUUGAUAGUCUAAAAAGACGUUGCUACAACUAGAACUGGCCCUAGACUCUAUCAGUAUUCAUGUACAUACAUAUUGGAGUUGGAGUUCUUCUCAAGCUCGAUCGAGCUGAAAUUGAGUUACGAUAACAUUACUCGGCUCAUUUAUUGAUUGGACCUUUACAGGCUUUAAUUAAGGCCAGAAUCUACUUUUCAUCAUGGCGCUUGCACCCAAAGUGAUCAUGACCUGGUUCUUCACGCUUCUGUUCCUCAUCCUCCUGGCCCUGCGCCUGGACCAGAACACUAAAUGGAACUGGUUCAUCAUAUUCCUCCCGCUUUGGAUCUUUGACUUCUUGGUCCUCUGCAUCCAGCUCCUGCGGAUCAUCACCCACAUCAGGACAGGCCACGACCGCCAUCUUGAGAUGACCAUGUCAACCAAGAUUUUCUUCGUCAUUGGAAUAGGCCUCAAGCUUCUGUUCCAGGUCCUGCUGUGUGUGCGGCUGGAGUACAAGCACGAUCUGGCCCUGUUCUAUGUUUUCAUACCACUCUGGGUGAUGCUGUUAUUUGGAUCUGUUCGGUUGACCCCCUGGCUUGUGAAGCAGACAUGAUUGUGAACGAAACUUAUCUCAUUAAUAAUAGACCUUUUCCAAAGAAUCCUUUGAAUCUAAUUUAUCUUGAAUUCAAGAAGUACCAUUUAUAAAUAUAUUUUUUUGUAUUAAAAGUAGCAGAAAUGUUGAUGUUAUUGUCAGUACUAGAAAAACUCAUUAUUUCUUUAGAAACAGUCAAACAGGAUAUGGCCACAUCAUGAAGUCAUUUUUUAAAAAGACAAAAGAAGCAAAUAUGAACAUAUUUCUCUCGUUAAACAUGUGUUGUGAUAGCAUGAUAUAUUUUUCUAUAUUCGUUGCUAUGCACAUUUGUUGUUUCUUCUUUUUCCUUCAAAGGAAGGGUCUCUUCCAAAAGUUUUUUAAGUGGUCCAUAGAAGGAUGAAGCUAGAGAUGUCAACAUCUAGAACGAA